AUGAAGAAAGAAAAGGCUUCAAAGAAUGUGAACUGUGACAUACGUUUCGACAAUAACCCCAAUGGUAUUUUCAAGGCAGGGGACAAGGUUACUGGUUCAGUGGUACUAACCUUAACUCAGUUGAAAAAAGUCCGAGGAGUAUAUUUAUUAGUCACUGGAUAUGCGGAUACUUUUUGGAGUGAUAAAGUUCCUCAUGGACCGAAGAACAAAAAAACGAAGGCUAAUUUUAAAGGUCAUGAAGAUUUCAUAAAACACAAGUUGUACUUCGUGGGAUCAGACACGGGGAAUCCGAUUGAUCUAGUCACAGGAGUACAGUAUCACUAUUUCAAAUUUGACAUACCGGCCAAUGCACCAACUUCGAUGGAAGGAAAAUACGGCCACGUUCGGUAUGCCAUAAAAGUUACUCUGGAACGACCAUGGAAACACGAUCAUAACUUUCAAAUUCCAUUCACCGUAUUGGCUAAGGCGGAUUUAAGUGCAGAUCAUCCGGCUUUCAAGACGCCAAUCAAAGUGGUAGAUGAACUGAGGUUUUACUGUUGGAUUUGCCGCUCUAGUCCAUUGAUAGUGACUGGCAGUGUGAAACGAUCUGCAUUCGUACCGGGAGAUUCUAUUGACUUGACGUUAGAUGUAAAUAAUCUAUCCAAAGAAGAUGUGUCAGAGAUUAUCAUAAAAUUUCAGAAGGUGAUGAGGUUCAUAAGUCAAAUACAGUUAAUAGAACAAACGCAAAUAUUAGCCGAAAAUCAAAUGACCAAGUAUGAAACCGUGGAAAUCCAAAAAACCAUGCCCGUCGCCAAGCAGUCCAAUAUAACAUACGAAAAGAAUUUUUUGGUAGGACCGCUUACACCUACCGAAAAUCAAAACAGUAAAAUAAUCCAAAUCGGCUACCAAUUUGACAUUCUUGUCAAACCGAAGCUUUCCACGAAGAAAAUAGAAUUGACUAUUCCAAUCAUCAUCGGUUCCGCCGGAUUGAAAACCGAGGAAGCCGUUUCGUUUGUCAGGUCAAGUGGAAUUGAGAAAUUGUCCGCCGGUUUAAACCGAGAUCAGCCAUCUGCUCCACCCCCGCCAUAUGUAGAAGAUCAGGAAAGUUUGUACCCUAAUAUAAGUUCCCUACAGAGAGCAUACGAGAAUGAAGUCAGUAGUGAAGAUUUUGAUGGUAGACACGGCCAGUGA